AUGUGUACCUUCCUCGACUGGAGCGAAAAUGGAGAUAUAUUGGCUAUUGUACAGGCUAAGUCUGCAUCACUCGUGCUGUGGGAGCCUAAGAAGAUUCAGCAGCAUCAAGUUGUGGACCUGCCGUGCAAGGAUAUCUCCUUCAUCAAAUGGUCGAAAUCGUCGCAUUCUUUGCUGGUGGCUAUCGGUACUAGUCAAGGACAAGUGUAUAUUUACGACCAUGCGACGGGUACGAAGACCCAAGUGAGUGAGUUAGAAGGUGAGGUAUAUUUAGGUACGCGUACGACCUGCUAUAUCCUGUCAUUCGGCAACAAAGUUACCUAA